AAGGGUGAUUCACAAGAAGUCCAUUCGAAUGAUGUUUACAUGAGGGAUAUCCAGAACGAUUUACCAGCUAUCCUGCCUGUUUCAGCACCCGAGGAAUUAAUUUUGAAGGAAACAUUACGAUGCCCCACCUCGGAUCAAGUCACUAAGUCCUACUUGUGCGUGCCCAACAUGCCCAAAUCAUCUGUUACAAUCGAUUGCAACUCCAGAAACAUACCCACCAUUAGCCAGGCCAUCUGCUUGCGUGAUACUGCGGUUGAUGGGUCGACUGCCUCGAAGCAAUAUGCAGAAGCAUCAAAUGAAUUCAGGCAAGGCACGAAGAAGAAUGCUCAGGCAGCCAACGACGCCAUGGAAACCAAAAUGGAGGCGGAAACUCGGGUCUAUCGAUCCCGGUACUUCAUGCUCUUCCUGUUCGUUACCUACUCCAUGUCCAGCGCCUUCCAAUGGAUUGAAUUCUCCAUCAUCGCCAACAUAGUCAGCCGGUACUACGAAGUCAAGGAGUAUGACAUCAGCUGGACCGCGAUGACCUACAUGAUCUUCUACAUCCCCCUCAUCGUCCCUGCCAACUGGAUAUUGGAGAAGAAAGGACUGAGAUUCGCUGUGCUCCUCGGAUCUUUUGGCACGUGUGCCGGAUCCUGGGUAAAAUGCUGCAGUUUGUUUUCAAACAGUUUUGCUGUCGUGAUGGUGGGUCAGAGCAUAGUGGCAGCCUCUCAAGUCUUCAUAUUAGGCAUUCCAUCUCAACUAGCUGGAGUAUGGUUCGGCGCGACGGAAGUAUCACGAGCAUGCGCAAUAGGAGUCUUCGGAAACCAAUUAGGAAUUGCUUUAGGAUUUUUGCUCCCACCUCUAAUUGUUCCGAAUUCAAGCAAUAUGGAUGACAUAGAACAUGGUCUCAGCAUCCUUUUGUACGGUAUCGCAGCUGUCACGAGUGCCAUUUUCAUCUCCAUAGUUUUCUUUUUUAAAGAGAAACCGCCUCUUCCUCCUAGUAGAGCUCAGGCUGCUAUAUUGAACGAUGACUCCCGUGCCAGUUAUUUUGCUUCCAUCUGGAAAAUGCUCAAAAAUGUACACUAUAUGCUGUUACUGGUUACCUAUGGCAUCAAUGUUGGCGUGUUUUAUGCAAUUUCCACCUUUUUGAAUCAAAUGGUUCUCUUUUACAAUAAGGGCGCCGAAGAAAGUGCGGGUCUCAUGGGCCUUAUCAUCGUUCUAUCCGGAAUGGUUGGAUCCGUGGUGUGUGGCGUCAUUCUCGACAAAACUCAUAAGUUCAAGGAAACGACGCUCGUUGUUUAUAUACUCUCAUUUUUAGGGAUGGUUUCAUUCGCUGUUGCAUUGCCUUUUGGACUGCUACUGCCAUUGUUCUUCGUUUCAGCUCUACUAGGGUUCUUUAUGACAGGUUACUUGCCGUUAGGCUUCGAAUUUGCAGCUGAAAUCACCUAUCCAGAAGCAGAAUCUAUAUCGUCUGGUCUGCUAAACAUGUCAGCUCAGGUUUUUGGAAUCGUUUUUACUGCAGGAAGUGGUGCUCUCUUAGAUCAAUAUGGCGAUAAAGCAUCGAACAUCAGUCUUUGCGUUUGUUUACUUAUUGGCGCAAUAUUAACAGCUUUUAUAAAAUCUGAUCUUCGACGUUUAAAAGCAUCUCAGAUGCCGGACACUCAUGAAUCCAUGUUAAACUCAAUUUGAAGUCUUCCAAGAGAAACUUUUUGCGUUAUGCAACACAGCUCAUGAAGUUCUCAUCGCAACGUUUUGUCUCCAUUGCUUCGAGGAAAUUCUUGGAUUUAGCGAGAAGUGCCUUAAAAGUCGAACAAUAUCCUUUUUGCUGACUCCUUGAAAUUUCUGUGCUAUUUGUUGAAACUGAUAUUUUACAAAUGUUUACAUGUGCUCAGUUUAUUUAUGAUCAUUUCAGCGCAGAAGUGCUAAAUGCUAGCCUAUGUUCUUCCAAUGGUUGUGUCAUAUAACUUGAAUAUCAAAAUGUAUUGUACUAUGUUAUUCCGUGAGAAAUAUCAGUAGGUUGUCAGAAAAUUUAGAGUGUUACCCACUUUUAAUUUUUUUUUAAUCAACCUUUAAAAUAUUUGUUUUGUACAUUAGAAAUGCUCCAUUCCCUGUGUUUUCAUCAUACUAUAAGCUAUAGCAUCUUUCUUUCAUCUUAAAAAAAUAUUUAGAUUGUUUAAAAUAAUUACUAUUUUGUUAAAAUUACUUUUAAAUUUAAAUUUAGAUUUUUUUUUAUGAAUUAGAUACUGAAAACAAUUUUCUUUAAUCCUGGACUAAUCCAAAAUCAAAUGUUUAUUUUUACAAUAUAUUGUAAUGUUAUUUCUAGAAUUCAAUGUUGGUCUUACAAUUUUAAGGCAAUGUUAAAUGUUAUUUCUACAACGUAAUGUUAAAUUUUUGUUUCUAUUAGAUUUAUUGCUUAAAAUUGCUUAUAUGAGGAUGAAAAUUAAUUUUAAAAAAUGUUUUGAAAGUUAAAAGAAAAAAGGGAAGUGCCGACCCUUACAUUAGCUGGGCGCUCUUUGAAAGCUUAGUCACGGCAAAUGUUUUUAAAAUUAAUAUCUUCAAACCAUUAUUGUAGGGUCGUCUUAACAAAUUACAGCAACCUAGUCUAGAAUAAUUUGGGGGUUUCAAUGGAAUAGUUCCUCGGAAUUUAAGCACACGUGGCCCAAAUUUUCUACUAUUUUAAAUUUUUUACUUUUAAUAGAUUUCUACUACUCUUAAUUUUUUUAUUAUUAAUAGAAUAUAUAAUUAAAUAUCAAAUUACAAUACAUAUAAAAUCAAUCUUAUAUUUCACAUUCAUGGGUUUUAUAUUUUAUAUAUGAAGAUGCAUAUAUCAAAAUAAUUCCAAAAUAUGCACUCUUAACACAAAACUUUUAGCGUUUUCUUAAAUAGACGGUAGAUACACUCUAGAAUCUAUAUAAACUCAAUAAAGAUGGCACGUUUCGAAUAAGUUUUUAAUCUGUGGCCUCAGAUUAUUAAAAUCCUCUGCACAUAAAAGGUAUUAUUGUUUUUAAAAUAAUAUUCUACUGAACUUUGUAAUACAACACAUAUUAAGUAUUUUUUUAACAUUUUGAGCGUCACCUUAUCAAAAAUUUUAGUCUUUUAAGCACAAAUGGCGCUUAAAAUUGUUAAUAUUUUCCUAUAUAAUGUGAUUAAAGAACUGAAGAUCUAUAGAUGUAGCUACAUCUAUAGAUGUAGCAACUUAAAGUUGCAUAUUUUAUCAAUUUUUAUUACAUACAUAGUAAAAAAUUUUAUUACUCUUUGUCUUAUAUGAAUAUUUUUUGUACUGAUAUACAUGUUUAUAUAGCAUAGGAAGUGUAACAAUAAUCUAUGACUUUCUAAUUACGAGUCGUACUCAUAUAUUUACUUUUACCACCCUUAAAUACAUAAUUUCUUAUUCCAAAAAUAAAAUAAAACCAGUUGAGCAAAUGGGCACCUAUGGACAAACAACCUCAAAUAAUCCAUUGAUGAAUAAGACGACCCUGCAUUAUUGGAUUCAGUAAUUGUGUAAUUAGCUUCCUUAAUGUAUAUAAAUGUUCACAUGCCUUUGAAAUCAGUUACUUGCAACAAAAUCUCAUGAGUGAAAUUAUUAUUGUCUCGAAUCUCGAUGAAAAGUUUAAGUAAAGACUGUGAUAAAAGUUGGAUUGUAUUUUGUCAUAUUAACUUGUAUUUUGUUAACUUAAAUGCAUUUUUUAAUUUCCUACUGAUUUUUAUAAAAUCAAUGAUUAAAAUAUCCAGUUAUGCCAAUCGAUGAAAUUACAGAAUCGCAUACUUCGCGCGAUUUUUCAAAUACAUUUAUCGUCAACUUGACGUGUUCUCGUAUCUUAUUUCUCGCGGUUGCAACCUCUCCAGAAGAUACUACACAAGAGUGAAAUUGACUACAAAAAAUGUGCCAAAUAAGUGGACGAUUCUGCAGUUUAACUAUGAAAUCCUUUGGAUAUAAAAAAUCUAUUGGAAACGUUCAAUUUUCAUCUUUUAAUUGAGAAAUAAUUAGAAGAUGUGUCCAGAUGAAAAGGAAACAACGAUUUUAUUUGAAAUUAAAAAUUUGACAAAUAUUUUUUAUUACAGUUUAUGCGUUACAUGAUACCCACCCAUAACUAUUAUUUAACAUCAGCGCAUUCUUUAAUCCUGCUAUUCAUUUCCUCACAAUUCCGUAUUAGCACAAGAUAUUCUGCGACACCACCAAGAUGUUUUUCGAUAUUCUGAACGCCGACUAAUAUUGUAAAGAUAUUGUAACAAUAUUGUUGGGCAUUUUAUGAUAAGAGUUAGGAAAAGAAUUGGAAGACUUAAGUAUAAAAACUCCUUGGUUGCCGACGAUGUCCUUACACUUUCUUGUUGCAGAUAAACCAUUUUCCUUUCAGUGAUUUCUUUAAGAUAAUAAAUCACAUAGAAAGGAUAUUUAAAUAUUUCCCAUCAAAAUUUUAUUAGUAGGAAUAUUUUUACAGUAUAAGAUUAUUUUUACAACAGUUCUACCAAACAUCUAAGACUACCAUGGACACUGAACCAUUUGCUGAUCUUAAACAUCUCUUCACAAGAUAGGAUUGGCUGCCUUAAUUGCAAUAAUUCCUGGUUUACUGAUAAUGUCCUGACACUUCGUCGUCGGUGAACUGUUUACCUUUCAGUAAUUUCUUUAAGAAGACUAAGAUAUGAAAGUCAGUCGGCAAGAUACUUUGGCUAUAGGAUGGAUGAUUCGGAAAUUAUAUGUGAUCUAACAUUUUCUUAAACCAACACAAUACCUUUCCUGAAUGCCUUCAUUCUUGUGUUUGGUGGCUUGUUUACGCCUUGUUGCUACUCGCUUAUUCUUUAAUUGUUUAUUACCCUCCAGUCAAUCCGUAAAUAGGUCUCCGUCAUAAAAGAAACUGGCCUUCAUUCCAGAGUAAUAUUUUUUUUUAAUUUAAGAAGCCAUAAUGCCUCUUCUGUUUGCAAACAAGUGACCCUGAUGUGAUUUGACACAGCGAAAAUUUCCUUUUCAUCUGGACACACAUUAUAAAUUCCCAUUUAACAAGCAAGGCCACUUAAUCAAAUUUUUGAGUUUUACAAAAGGACUUAAAGCAUGAAUUUGUCACAACUAUCCCCCUACCUCCCUUCCUCUUGUUGAACUUGAAAAAUUGAAAUAGGUAGCGCUGCUUGUUGUGUGAAAAAAUAUUUAUUCCACUUAAUCAAAUUUUUGAGUUUUACAAAAGGACUUAAAGCAUGAAUUUGUCACAACUAUCCCCCUACCUCCCUUCCUCUUGUUGAACUUGAAAAAUUGAAAUAGGUAGCGCUGCUUGUUGUGUGAAAAAAUAUUUAUUUGUAUUAGCAGAUAUAUUUAAAAAUUUACAAUGAAGUUACAUUUGUCUGUUAAUUACUUUGAAACUUGUGUGAUGAUAUAUACUAAAAGUUUACUGUUAAAUGAAAUCCUAUUAGCACAAGAUAUGGUACAUUAUAUAUACACGAUAUUAUUCGAUAUUGGGAAUACCGGCCAAUAUCGUGAAAAUAUCGCAACAACGUUGCUGGACAUUUUGUGCUAAUAGAGAAAAAAAUCAUACAUUCACUUACUCUAGAAAAUAAAUCAAAUAAUGAAGAGCUGCUAUUAUGAUAAUAAAAAAAAAAAUCGCUAUUUUAUCUGCAUUAUAUAGAUAUAUAUUUGUGUGUGGUACAAAUAUUUUUGCUGGCACAUUUUUGUUUAUGAAUGAAAACAUUUAGAUAGGUUUUCACUCAGCGAGUUAUAAGAUUCCAGUAAACCACGCAUGCUCAGAAGGAAGGUUACACAUACACUAAAAUAACGGACAAUAAAUAAGUGCUUGCCUUGAAGGGACAAGUGCUUGAAUUAUAUAAUUGCUGCGUAUGCGUGGUCUUACUGGAUGGAUUAUAGAUGGCUGAAUAUAAACCGUACUUUAUGCUCUGUCUGUUUAAAGAUUGGAAUUUUAAUAAAGAUGUUGCCAAAUUUGCUUGUUGUGCAGCUACCGUCCGAAUGAAAUGAUGAAAAGUAAAUAAUCGUCUGAAAAUAUUUGCAAAAGUAGUAAUUUUAAAAAUCAUUACAUUUAAUCUCAUUUAUUCCUUAAAGAAUCUUUCGUUUAUUGAUGAAAAUCUGAUAUUCCAUUUUAAUAAAUAUAAUUUUUAUAAGUAUCUCAGAUGUGCUCAAUGUUUCUUUUUCUUUGAAACGAAUUCUAUUGUUAAAGACAAACUGAAGUGAAUUCCAUCGCAUCAAAUAUUUUUAUUACAAAUCAAUUUGAUGUAUUGUUGUCUGUUGGUUUUUUUGUAAAUGUUUUUCAGUAUACUUAUUGAUAGCAAUUGAAAAAGUUGUUAAAUGUUUUAUAAUUUCUGGCGUGAUAAAAUGUCUUCCAUUUUAUAUAGAACUGAAUUAUAAAUGUAAUAAUGUAUGUUAUCAUUGAAAUAAAAUUUUACUGUAGAUACAA